CGGGAAGAUGCGGAGCAAGGGCAGGAAGGAGAGUCUGUCCGACUCCCGGGACCUGGACGGCUCCUACGACCAGCUCACGGGCAACCCGCCGGUGCAAACUAAAAAAGCGCUGAAGCAGCGAUUCCUCAAACUGCUGCCCUGCUGCCGGCCCAAAUCCAUCCCCUCGCUCAGCGAAAACAGCGUUGAAGAUGAGUUUGAGCUCUCCACCGUGUGCCACCGCCCCGAGGGGCUGGAGCAGCUCCAGGAGCAGACCAAGUUCACCCGCAAGGAGCUGCAAGUCCUGUACCGAGGCUUCAAGAACCAGGAGUGCCCGAGCGGCAUCGUUAACGAGGAGAACUUCAAGCAGAUCUACUCGCAGUUCUUCCCGCAGGGAGACUCCAGCACGUACGCCACCUUCCUCUUCAACGCCUUCGACACGGACCACGACGGCUCCGUCAGCUUUGAGGACUUUGUGUCCGGGCUCUCCAUCAUCCUGCGGGGCACCAUCGACGACCGCCUGAACUGGGCCUUCAAUUUGUACGACCUGAACAAGGACGGCUGCAUCACCAAAGAGGAAAUGCUGGACAUCAUGAAGUCCAUCUACGACAUGAUGGGCAAAUACACCUACCCGGCCAUGCGGGAGGAAGCCCCCCGGGAGCACGUGGAGAACUUCUUCCAGAAAAUGGACCGAAACAAAGACGGGGUGGUGACGAUCGAGGAGUUCCUGGAGUCCUGUCAGAAGGACGAGAACAUCAUGCGGUCCAUGCAGCUCUUCGACAACGUCAUUUAGCUCCCGGACCUGCCUCCAGCYGAGCUCUCCUGCCGCCGGGCCCAGAAUCUGCUUCUCUCUCGACUUUUCCUUUGAGCCUCCCCACCGCCGGCUGCACGGGCUCCCCGGAGGGCAGGGGCCUCCGUUCCCGGGAUGCGGUCAGUGACGGGAUGCUCCCUUCCCCUGGGCCGGCUCCGCUUUCCGCAGGGGAUCCCGAGCAGGAUCCUGCAGYUCCCGAUCUGCAGGAGCAGGCGCUCCCAGACAUCGGGGCACGGGCACAACCGGCACAGGGCAAGCGCUGCGCCUGGAUGGAUCUUCCCMUCGGGAAAGCCUGGGGCUGCGGUAGUGUCCCCUGCAUAGCGUCCCRCACAGCUCCCACACCCCGACACCCUCCCCAGCCCAAGCCCUCCGGCGACACCAUCUAGGAACGAUAGUCUUGCAAGGGGCAUCAGCACCUCCGCUCCCGCCUUGCUCCAACCGUGCCCUGUGCCGCGGGGAGCAGCCCUGCUCCCGGGAUGAGGGCACCUGCCCUGUCCCAAGGCCACGGCAGGCAAGGCAUGGGGACAAGCAGAGGAGGGAGGCGCAUGGAGCUGCAGUGGCCUCUGUGCUCCUUGGGCCACACUGCUGGGCGGGCUGCCUCGGGGCUSGUGUCUCCUGCCUCUCUGCAGCCCRUGUCCUGGCCCAUCCCUGCCCACGGGGCCAACGCGCAGCCUGUGUCACACAGGCCUGGAGCCCCCGCCAAGCCCCGAGCUCUCCACMGGCAGCAGGGAUGCAGCCGGAGCUACCCCUGGCCCCGGCUCCACUGCCCCACAGCAGCCAAGGGGGCUGGCAUCGCGCUGCGGUGGCAGGGGACAGCGGCACCGGGGACCAAGGGUCCAUGCUGAGCCAGCCCCCAGACCCAGGCUGAGCCCCUGGUGUCAGCACCAUUACAAUACUCCCCCACAGKGGACCCUGAGCCAAAACUCGGCCCCAGAGCGGGACCCCUCCUGGGCCAGCCCUUGCAGACAGGGYAUGGUUUGGGUGGGCUUUUUGUUUUUUUAGGUCCCUUCAAUACAUUGCCCACUAUGGAGUCAUGUUCCCAGGUUUGCCGAUGGCG